AUGAAAAAAAUUAAAAAAAAGAUUUANUAUGCACUUGGUUGUGAUACAACAGCACCGUUUAUUAAUAGAACAUAUCCAGUUUGGAUAAGAUUUAUAGGUACAGGUGGUACUGAAUUGCCUUUACAAACACCUGCUAUGAAUCUAUGUGGUCCUGAAGGUACUGGUUGGUAUGAUGGUACAAUGCCAUCAUCAACGGGACAAGUUUUAAAUGGUACCGCAUGUUUUACAUGGUAUACUAGUGUAUGCCGAUUUUCUUCUAGUAUAAGUGUAGCAAAUUGUGGUUCAUUCUAUAUUUAUUAUUUACCUCCACCACCAGCAUGUAUGAUGCGUUAUUGUACUAUUUAA